AUGCCGAAAAGCUGCCUACCCGCAUUCCCGCUCGUCGUGUUCGGCGUCGUCGAGCCUGUCCUAUUGCCCCUCAGGCACCAAUCCCUUACUCCUCCUCCUCCUCUUCUUCCUCUUCGGAACCUCUCCUCCCCCUCCCCCCUCAAGCCCUCUCCCUACUCCUGCAGCUCGCCAACGUAUUCCUGCUCCUGGACGCCCCACCCCUCCGUCGCUAGGGGUUACCUGGUCGCCGUCGCCCUCGCCGACUACGGCCACGUCUGGGCGUGCUACCGCGGCGCCGGCCCGGACGUCUUCUGGGACCCUGCCGCGUGGAACGACGUCCUCUGGGGCGCGGUCGCCGGCAGCCUCGCGUUGAAUGCCGUCCGCUGGCUCGCGCUGCUCGGCGCGUUCGGCGCGGUGCAGGCCCCGCAGGCGCCGGGGGAGGCCGCGGGUGAGAAGAUGAAGAAGAAGAAGUUGGUGUAA